AUGAUCUCCACUCCUGCCUCAGUGGUUGUGAUCUUGUUGCUGUUGCGAGGAACAGAUGGAGACUCUGUGGAUCAGACCAAAGGUCAUAUGACCCUAACGCAAGGGGCAGCGCUCACUAUCAACUGUACAUAUGAAAUCAGUGGAUACCCUAAUCUCUUCUGGUAUGUCCAGUACCCGAAAGAAGCACUUCAGCUCCUUCUGAGUGACUUGUCACAAAACGAAGAUAAAGAUGGCGACGGUUUUCAUGCAGAAAAUAUUCGGGAUAGCAAGUCCUUUCAUCUGAGCAAACGGAGAGUCGACCUGGGGGACUCGGCCGUGUACUACUGUGCUGUGAGUGACACAGUGACAGGGGCUACAGGGGGAGCUGUACACAAACCCCUGACAGAUCCAGCAGGAAUGAGGAGUCUGGGCAACACCGAAAGGACAAGUGGCGAGGACAGGGUGGAGCAGACUCCUCCCUCCCUGAGCAUCCAGGCGGGGGAGAACAGCACCAUGAACUGCAGCUACAAAAUCAGUGGUUUCAACAGCCUGCAGUGGUACCGGCAGGACCAUGGGAAAGGCCCUAUUUCCUUGUUUGUCGUGCGUCUGAAUAAGGAGGUUAAAAGUGAAGAAAGAUUCACCGUCCUGCUCAAUACAGAUACCAAACACAGCUUCCUGAACAUCACAGCCUCCCAGCCCGGAGACUCAGCCACCUACUUCUGUGCCGGGGAGACACAGUGA